UACAGAAUUUGGUUCCUUCAUCAAAAUCUGAAAGUCUCCCUCCACCUUCACCAACCCAAAAAAGUAAGCCUAUGAUAAAUAUUUAGUACUACACACAGAGACAAAAAUUAAUAAAUAUAUAUAUGCGGCCAUUUUCGGUCAUCUGUGUCUCUUGUCUAUCUCCCAAAUGAAUUUUUAUACUUUUCAAAUGAGUUGAGUGGUGGUUACUUAUGGAGGAGGGCGAAGGAGGAGACAUAAUCAAAUGAGUAGUCAUAAAAAGAGAUCAGAAAGGUCUCUCAUCUCAUCUCAUGCAACCAAAGAGCAAUAGAGACGUCGCGCGUCCAUUGAUUAGAUCGUGAUGGACGCAGUCUUCUUGCUCAAUGAAGAAGAUCGCGAAAACUUCCUCAGAAGGCUAAUGCAGUCUCUGCGCUGCACUUACAUUGGUCUCUGGUGGUCUUAUACUCACUUGCCCUACCCAAACAACUUUUUGAUGUCGUCCGGCGGGGUUUAUGUUGAAGAACACAACCAAGCUAGCUCUUCUUCUGGAAGUACAGCUCGGAGCCUUUUUGACGAGUACCGGCAAUUGCCAUUCUUCCUUGAAAAUGAGCAUGUGCCGGGUCUUGCCUUCAAGAACAAUAUUCCCUACAUUGAGCUCGAUCAACAAAACCUCCUAAGAAUGGCGUCAAGCGAAACUCAGCUGCGAUUUUAUCAUGAAGCACAGAUUAAGUUUGCAGUCUUCAUGGGGUGCAGAAAUGGGGAGAUUGAGAUAGGCUUCUCCAACUUGCCCAAUGCUAACAUAGAAAUGGAGAUAAAAAAUUUGUUCUCUGAAGAUUUUCCUGGACAAUCACCAGCAAGAGAGCUUCUUCCACAACAACCUCUCGUCGAUCCUAACCGGCCUUCAUCUUCAUUCGGAUCACAAUCCAUGGACAGUCCAGACACCUCUUCUCUUCUGUUGAUCACUACUAGUACUUUCCCAACCACAUCUCACAUGCCAUUAAUUCCACCAAUCACAACCACACCUAGCUCACAACAAGAAGCAAUUCAGGCACUCGCUCGAAUCCGUAGCGCGCAAUUACCAACACUAGAGAGUGAAGAAGCUGCAAUGACAAGAGCUUAUCUCGCGGUCUUGACCGCUCCUUCUUCUUCUUCUUCUUCACAACAAACUCAGCAAAAUAUUAAUGUACCGGUAAGAAGGAGAGCGACUGCUUUCGGGAAUUACUUAUCGCCUGUAGUUUCAUCAUCAGCCAUGUCAACGACGGCUCAAAUGAGAGCCAAUAUGUUUAAGCGAGUGACUACAUAUUACAGAAGGUUUAAUCUUGCGAGGCAAGAACAAAUGCUUCAAAGCCGCACCCCAACCGGUAGUAGUACCCAGCUGCAUCAUAUGAUAUCGGAGCGAAGAAGGCGCGAAAAGCUUAACGAAAGUUUUCAGGCAUUGAAAGCAUUACUUCCCCCAGAAACCAGGAAAGACAAAGCUUCGGUGCUUAUUCGUACGAGAGAAUACUUGAGCUCUUUGAAGACUCAAAUUGCUGAGCUUUCUCGAAGAAACCAACUCCUAGAGGCACAACUAUCUCCUUCGAAAAAAGCGAAUACUAAUCAAGAAGCAGCCAUUACAACAAGUACUGGAGCCUCAAAUGAAGAAUCAAAUGAAAAGCUUGAUGUUAGGAUUACGCACGUCCCUGAAUCAACCUCUCAAGAAGAACGCAUUGUGGACUUGAGGGUUACAUUAAGAGGAGAAUGUCCUGUUGCGGAUGUGGUUUUUCGCAUAUUGGAGUUCUUGAGACAAGUUAGGAAUGUCAAUGUGACGUCCAUGGAAGCCGAUACCCGUCUCGUAGAAACAACUCCUUUCAAUCAUGUUGUGCUGAGACUCAACAUUGAGGAGGGUAGUGAAUGGGACGAGUCUGCCUUCCAAGAAGCUGUAAAAAGAGUUGUUGCUGACCUGGCACGUUGACAAGUGGACCAUUCUCAACCAUAAGUUCCUGCCUUUUUGACCAGUCAAACAAACCUAUUCAAUUCUUUUCCGAUAUGGCGGCGCUGCAUCAGAUCGAUGGUGCCCAUCGUUUUUCCGCCUAUCAUAUUGCAUUACCACGUACUGACUCUCUUUGUAUAAGUGUUUUUUUGCCUCACAAUUCACA